AUGUGUAUUGGGACACUCUUGCGGUAUUGGCGAAGUAUCACUCCGAAUCCCUUCAUCACCUACGAUUUCGAUUUCCCCAAUCUCCACUCCCUUGGCCUUAAUGUUGACUGGACAUCCGACGAGAAAGUACCAUAUGAUCUUCUUGCUAACAUCGUUCGAAAACAUCGUAUUCAGCAUUUAGAAAUCAACUUACCACACCUCUGUCGUUAUGAUUCUAAGUCCUGGCCCUACCCCAACGUCGACGAAAACACUUGCCAGGCCCUUGUCCAGUCCCUCGACAAGAUCUCAGUAAACCUUCUCUCACUACACGUCAUCAUUGGCGACUGGUUUCCUUUCAAGCUAUAA